ACCGGUCGGCCAUCUUGGGAUAUUUUCAGUGCAAGGCCGUCAGAGGAAAAAUCUCUUCGAUGAUUCUGUGUAAUAUUUUGUGUUUUUUCGGUGAUUUGACUGGCGAUAAGUGUGCAAAAAGUGUGUGAAUUUGAGCACAACGCAGUGCUUAAUGAGAGAACAAUGCUGAACGGUAGAAAUGUCCCUGGAAUAGCGUGUAAUAUGAGUAUCAACGGUCACAAGAGCGCAGGAAGUCCUGAAAACGUGCGUGAUGCGAUGGAAUGGAGAAAUUCUGGUCGUGCCAAGAAGGGUGGCGUGCCGAAAUCCGCGUGGAAUGUCAUCGAAAUCUCCAGUUCCAGUGAGACGGAAGAAGAGGCAAACAUGACACUGAAUCCCUUGCCGAGCGCCCUGGAGCAGAAGGAGGACGGCGCACAGUCGCCCACGGAGUGCUGGUCAGUGCAGAACGGCAAGUCAAUCAACAUGCUGCGGCGCGACUAUGGCAAGAAGGCGCCGUACAGAAUAUUCCAAGUUCCGUCGUCUCCCAAAGCCGCCGUGGCCGGAAAGGAGGAGUUCUACAACUACUUGGGCAUCUACUCGAAGCCCCCGUUCGCGAAGGUGGUGGACAGGGGUCCGGAGCUCUUCAACAGGCGAUCGCUGCGCGUGUGCUUCAUCAAGAAGCUGAAGGAGCACAAGAAUAAGAUGAGCGAGCUGGAGAAGCAGGCUGCCGACGAGGUGCUCAAGUCUCCAGCGUCUCCCGUCACAGCCAAAGACUCCAUCCCAACGUCCACGUGCUCCCCGACGCCGCCAGACUCGAGUGCGACGAUCGUGGAGCGCCGGAACUACAUCCAAGUCGCCAAUGCGGCCGCAGAAGAGGCGGAAGCUGAGGUGAGGCACAGAGUCUGCGAUCUCAGCCACCAGCCGCUCGACGGAGCGUCGCCCGAGGCGGCAAGUAUUACUGAAAAGACUGUCAAGCGUGUGAGGGACAAGGAGCGCAAGAGCCGACUGAAGAGCAGGAAGAGGAUGCACAAGAAGAUCUUCAAAACCACGUACUUCAUUCGCUCGUCCGUGCGGAAUUGCGUGCUGCGAAGUGGCAAAGUGCGCAACACCAGCGACCGUCGCAAGAAGCUCCAGAAGCGCGACAGGAAGGACAAGGAGGAGCCGGAAGUUGAGAAAUCCACCGCCGAGAGGAGUGACGUGAAGGUGAAGGAUGUGAUUGUGCUGACGGACGACGAGGACAUUGUGGAGAUUGUCGAGUCGCUGCAGAAAUCGCCGCCGCCGCCGCCGCCCAAGGUGGUCAGCAAGGCUCUUGAGCAGGUGAUCGGCGUCCACUUGUACUGGCCGUGUCUGCUGAUUGUCCAGCAGCAAGUUGUCUCCUUCUGGCGAUGCUCAGAGAUUGCCAGCAUUCUCGACGGCCAGCAGAAUUGGCAGAAGGUCGGCGAGGUGAAGCGGAGGAAUCUGGAUUUGGACAUUCCGGCUGCCAUUGCCAAGAGAAUUCUGCAUGCGGAGAAGUUCGGCUGCGCCUACAUUGAGCUGAAGGGACAGGAGUUGCAGAAGAUCGCCAGUCAGGAAGCGGACUACGUUGCGUCCUUCGUCAAUGUUCACUUCCUGAAGGGCGCCGAGGCGACAAUCCACUCAAUUGCGCUGGACAGAAUUUGUGGGAGGACCAGAGAAAUGUGCUACAGCACUCUGCCCGGCGCGCUGUCCUUCGUCGUGACGUGGUACGAGCACGUGUCGUCGACCAAGAGGCGCACUGGCAUCUGCCGAUACUCGCUGACGCCCGACCUGGAGACGCUGGCCAGCAUCUGGGAGUUCAGCUUUGUGGACAAUCGCGUGCGGUCGCUGAGUGUGGCGUCUGAGUGGCGCAUCAUUGGCGUGGGUGAGCAGCACGUGAAUGUGUGGAAUUACACAAAUGGCAACCUCUUGACCAACAUCGAUCUCACGCCGCUGGAGUUGGGUGACAAUAUCUUCACGUGUCUCGUGCAGGAGAACAAGCAGAUUUAUCUGCUGCUGGCGCAACUGCACGGCAAUUCAAUCAACAAUGUGGCCAUAAAUCUGCUGGACUUUCAGUACAAGAUUCUGCACACGCACGAGAACGUGAAUCUGACCAUUGAGACGCUGAGCAGCUGUGCCGUGGCGAAUGGUGUGUUCGUGGCCGCAUUCGCCAAUGGUGACAUUCUGCUGCUGAAGACGCAUCAGAGUGACUUCCUGCGACGCAAGUGUGCCGCCAAGGACACCAACAUCUUCAUCAGCAGUGAACAUGUUGUGGAGAUUGGCGAGAAGAUCGCCAUCAAGAGUCUGUUGGACUUUCUCACGUAAUUGUAGGAUGUUGAAG